AUGGAGGCAGACAAUAAAGGAAAGAGAACCAAUUCUUUGGCCUUUGCUCAGACAGACUGCCACACCUGUGCGCUAUUAGGGGAACAGUGUGAUCGCCGACGCCCGCAGUGCUCAACAUGCCUGGCACUGAGCCGGAAGUGCGGUGGCUUUGCAACACCCUUAUCGUGGGAUCCCCGGCGAAUGUGGAUGGAUAAUCCAUCGAUAGCGACCGAAAGACCCGGGAACGACUGCGCAAGCAGUAUUACAGCGACUGCUGAGCCUGCAUUUCCCCGGCGUUUCCGGUUUGUGAGUGCCGGCUCUAGACUCAGGAAGCGUCGUAAGGGGCGUACUCGUACGGCCGAUCCUAAGCAAGCCCAACUGCCGGAUCAGAGCGGCGAGGCCGUGGCAAUUACACCGACAGAGAUAUUUCCUAGACUGGUAGGAGAGGACCAGGGCAUACGAAGUCAGGACCAGACUGCGAAUGGCCUCCAGCUGACUGGUGGCGACAACGUGGGCGACGAUAUCUGGGACGAAUUUGGGUUAUUUGAUUCCCUUGUGCCGAACACCUUCGAGUCUGCACCAUUCCCUGAUAUCGGCCUGGACCCAUUCGCAAUAGACUCGCCGAGACUGACCGUCCUGCCUCGAACACCCCCAGUAUCUGAUCAUACAACGCGAGCCAGCGAAUUUAUGCCAGAAAGCUUGGACCAUGACCCAGUUCUGCAGGAGUUUGAAACAAUGCCAUCUGAUCCCACAGUGCAAGGAGACGACUUCGAUGUUCCCGGUGCUGCCUCUAACCUCCUGGUACAACCAGCGAGCUUCGGCCUAUCUCCACACGACCAUGACCGGCUUCUCGAACUGUAUGACUCCGAAUUCUGCGUCCUCCCUCUGACAUCUGACAUCUCAAUCAACCCAUUCCGCUGUCAGCACCAAACAUCCCGGGGCUCCCGUCUGGUGUUUCAUUCUAUACUCGCGCUCUGCUGCCAGCAUCUGAAAUGCCUUACAGGAAGUUGGUCCGCGGAAGCAGACGAGCAUCGACGAAAAGCCCUGCAAUUGCUCGACAGCGCUCUGCAAGCCCAGCAGAUCCAAAACAGCUUCCACCUGCUGGACCCUAUACUAAUCCUCUUCACCCUCGAUUGCACCCUUUCUGCAGCUGGGAGCUGGACGGCACAUCUCACCCGCGCCCAUUCCCUGCUGCAAGCAUGCGGUGGCCCCAGCGCACUCAUCACCCCUCGCGUGCGGUCCCAAGUCGGGAUGCUCCUCUGGUGGGACGCAACCCUGGCCCUAAUCUCACGCAAAGGCCCGACCAUGGACCGCGCGUACCUCGAGUUCCUCGUUCGGUGGGAACAGCAGGACGAGUGGUCCUUCUUCGACCUCACUGGCUGUCCGCGCGAGUUAUUCGUGCAUCUCUUCGACCUUGCCGGGCUGGCGCACCAGUUCGAGAUUUCCCUGUCGAUGAAGUGGCUAUCAUUUAGCACUGUGCCUAUCGUAGAGAUUGAGUCUAGGUUGGUACAGUGGAAGAAUGAUGAUCGUGAUGUCGCUUUCGCUGGUGACGGGGCGGACCAGGAGGAAGACGAAGAAUACCGGCCCGGCAUAUCCCGUGUAGAAACAGAGGAACAGCUCCAUGCACAGCAAGACCGAUUUCACUGCGCUGAGACCUGGCGCUGUGCACUCCUUCUCUAUCUUGAGCGGGUCUUUAAAGGCGACCGUGGCCGCGACAGCCGCGCGCAUACAAGACGGCAUCUGGCACUUAAUAGACUAGCCCGCAAGAUUAUAAACCACAGCCAGUGCUGCCGCCGGACGUCUCAAACGCAGAAGCAGCUGCUGCUUCCGAUAUUCCUGGCAGGGUGUGAGACGGCCGACGCCGAGAUGAGGGAAUUUGUCAAGGGGUAUUGCACGUACUGGGGCGAGAGGAGCCGAUAUAACAUGUUUAAUUCCGCGUCUGUGCUGUUAGAGGAGAUCUGGUCUACGCAGCAGUGGUGGGGGGCUGUCAUUGACAGUAAAUCGAGGUCGUCGAGUACGGAGGCAGAGCUUUUGUUUGGGUGA